GGUCACCCGCAGCGCCUGAAGAGGCUUCCCGUCCAGAGUCACCUCCUCCAGCUCCGCCAUCUUGCGUGAGGUACUCGGGUCCGUCCCGACGGCUUCGGGCAUCUUCGCUCUCCUUCCGUCGCCUGGCUUUCAGGCUCGGUUAUCUCCGUCUGGUCGAGGCUUUGAACCGAAUGUUUUCGGAAGCGCUCGACUCUGGCAUCCCAUAAUCGGAGAUACUCGGUUACCUCCGGACCUAGAACCCGGGCGCUGGGGCGCUUGGGUGUUUGGGGCAGGUCCGGCAGCGGAAGUGCGUGGGCUGCCCAGCAGGCCCUGCUUAGGGUUUUCAGGAAACAUGGAAGCGGUGGCGGUAGUUGGAGUCUAAGGACUCUUUGUGACGAUCUCCAGGUGCCCCCGGAGAGGAAACGGGAGGAUGCCACUGGAAUCAUCUUCCUCUUCGAUGCCAUUAUCCUUCCCUUCUCCCUUACCCUCAGUACCAGACAAUAUCAGUAACUCUUCCCCUCCUCCAAUGUCUUACAUCACUUCCCAGGAGAUGAAGUGUAUUCUUCACUGGUUUGCCAGUUGGUCAGGUCCCCAGCGUGAACGUUUCCUACAGGACCUGGUAGCUAAGGCAGUGCCAGGAAAAUUACAGCCACUUCUGGAAGGUCUGGAGCAGCUUAGUGUGUCUGGGGCAAACCGACCACCUUGUAUCUUUGAGUGCCAGCUACGUCUUUGGGAUCAGUGGUUUCGAGGUUGGGCUGAGCAGGAACGCAAUGAGUUUGUCAGACAGCUGGAAAUUAGUGAACCAGACUUCGUGGCAAAGUUUUACCAAGCAGUGGCUGCUACAGCUGGUAAGGACUGAUAGGCAUUCAGAUCAAAGAAGAUAACCACAGUUGAUGAAGCUGAGGUCUUGACUGCAGUGAAAAUUCAAUUCAGAUGUGUCACUUAAAGGCCUGUAUCCCAGUCAGCUCUCUGACCUUGCUGACCAGCACAGGCACGAUUAUUUCAACAUUAGCAUGUCGACUGUACUUAUACUGUAAAUGCGAUUUGUCUACACAAAUCCAGAUCAUCGGUCUGUCUUCUAGACUGCUUUUUUCCAAGAGAUGUCAAACCCCAAAGAAUUUGAUGGCUUCUUUUGCAACUCUACCCUAAAGGAACCUACAUAUAACUCAAGCCUACUGCUAGCCCAUGAAAAGUAUAAAGUAGAACCUCCCUUUCCCAGAAACACAAGAGAAGGACAAUAAAAAGUCAUAUCUUUAUAGUUUA